UAACCGUAGCCAUUAUUUUGAUGCAAACCUGGUCGAAACUCGCAUGCCUUGAUUUUAGACUAAAGGCAUUACAAAAUAGUCUACUGGCAUACUUUGCUCCCCUCUCCAACCUCUUCCGCUCUGACGCAACCGAAUCCACAAACCCACGGAAUGGCUGGACCCCCUUAUUUGCACCGCUGAAAACCAGAACAUGACUUUAAAUACUGUCUUGGAGAUUUGGUAAUGUUUUUUUUUCGUUCCAACGUGAAUCAGUAUCCCGUUUUUAAGAUUCCAAGACUGCGAGAACAGGGAAUGAACGCCGUCUGCAUUGACAAUCUUAAAGUUACAAGAUGAACUAAAAAUGUUUGUUUUACGCAGCAAAGGAGCAGGCUGCUUUUGGACAUGAGUGUUCUAGUUCUAUAGAUGGGUGUGCAUUGCAGUAGGCUACUGAACAAAUAAAUGUUAUAUAGUCGCAUCCCUCAUUUUUUCUCGUAAUGUAGUUUUGAUCUUGUGCUUCGGAACUGUAAACGCAUAUCUGAAAACAAAAAGUUUACUUCCCACGCAUAUCUUAAACUUGUAUGGUCGAAGAUAAAAAAUGCUAUAAGUGAAAAAUGUGUAGUGCAGAAAUGUAUAAAAUUGCGAAUGCGAACACUCACGUGCUGCAUAUAAGACAAGUAAUUUAGGCUACUUUUCUGAUACAAUUCAAGUAGCCUGCAGACGAUCAAGCGUGCACGUUAAACGGCACUACAGGAGUGAAAAAAAAAUCUUCAAUAAGAUCUUGUUCUACGGGAGACAAAAGACGCUGUUUUAAAAAUCUAUGAGAUCAGCAACAACAUACGCAUUUGAUCCGCUAACCAGCCAGUACACAGUUACCUUGCCGUCGUCAGGGUAGCCAGUUGGCCAGAUAUUGCGAGCAAGUCAGUGUUACUGCACCAGAAGCCAGGGAGCUUGCACGUCUCCCACAUUCUGAAUAUGUGACGGUGGAACAAAAAACCUAUUCACAACACGGUUGCGAUUCCGGCUCAGAAAAUAGAUUUUAGUGCGGGUGAGAUCGGUGUGCACAUCUGUGUGCGAAGCACAGCGCUGCUUUUAGCGUAGUCGAAUAAUUCUCUUACUCCCGACUGCCGUCAGCAUGCACCACGCUGUCGGUAGAGCAUCUUAUGUGGACCAAGGAACCGCGUUUAUGGUCAAUGCCAUUUACUAAAAUGGACGAGUCAUCGCUGUUGGAUUUACUCGAAUGCUCCGUAUGUCUGGAACGGCUGGACACGACCGCCAAAGUACUCCCCUGCCAACACACAUUCUGCCGACGCUGCCUGGAGAACAUCGUCAGCUCCCGCAAUGAGUUGCGAUGCCCAGAGUGUCGGAUACUGGUAGACUGCGAGGUGGAUGAUUUACCAGCGAACAUCCUCUUGGUACGGUUAUUGGAUGGGAUUAAACAGCGACCGUGGAACGGCGGAAGACCGUCACUGACCGGGGUGUCCCUGGGAUAUGCAGCCGGCAUUUCAGCCUCACCUCCAGGAACGACCAUCCGUGACUUGACAAGUUCGACUCGGAGCUCUCCAGUCAAGAAUGUUCCUCAGCUGCCCUGUGGGAAAGCUCUCUACAGCUACGAGGGCAAAGAGCCGGGCGACCUCAAGUUCAACAAGGGAGACAUCAUCAUUCUGCGACGCAAGGUGGAUGAGAACUGGUACCACGGGGAGCUAAACGGUAGCCAUGGUUUCCUGCCGGCAAGCUACAUCCAGUGCAUCAAGCCCCUGUCCCAGACCCCGCCCCAGGGCAAGGCACUCUACGACUUUGAGGUUAAGGACAAGGACCAGGACAAGGACUGUUUGACUUUCACCAAGGAUGAAAUACUGACUGUGAUCCGAAGAGUGGAUGACAACUGGGCAGAGGGCAUGCUGGGAGAUAAAAUCGGGAUUUUUCCAAUUUUAUAUGUGGAGCUUAAUGAGCCUGCCAAGCAGCUGAUGGAGCUGGACAAGCUGAGUCCUGUCCCGGGCCCCAGCACAGAACCCGGGUCCCCGGCGGGCCCCUGCUCGGGCCCCGGCCCCGCCCUGAACGGCAACGGCCCCGCAAGCGGCAUCCACCGCCGAGCCGACGGCAAGAAAAACGCCAAGAAGCGGCAUUCCUUCACGGCGCUCAGCGUAACCCAGCGCACGGCCCAGGCGCUCAAUAACCGCCACUCCAUGGAGAUCAGCGCGCCCGUCCUCAUCAGCUCCUCCGACCCCCGAGCCGCCGCCCGCAUCAGCGACUGCCCCCACUUGGCCUCCAGCCCCCCGCAGGACACAUCCCCCUUUGGCGGAACGUCCAAUGCGGCGGCGGCAGUCCCGCCGAGAGUGGCCUCGGUGGCCGGGGAGCUGCUCGCCGUUGCCAAGGUCCAGCUGCCCUUGAAUAUAUAUCUGGCUUUGUAUGCCUACAAGCCCCAGAAGGCCGAUGAGCUAGAGCUACGGAAGGGCGAGAUGUACCGGGUAACAGAGAAGUGCCAGGACGGCUGGUUCAAGGGCACCUCCCUCUGCACAGGCGGCUCUGGGGUCUUCCCCGGGAACUACGUCACCCCCGUCUCCAGGGCCCCGUUUGCUAUGGGGCAAUCCCGGGCGUGUCUCUCCAGUUCGGCCCCGGUGGCCAAGGUGGUUCCCAGCUCCCCUGGGUCUCCUGGGCCCUCCAGCCCAGUGCUUCUGGGGUCCUCCUCACGUUCCAUCCCUCCGUUGGCCAACGCUGCCUCCCCCUCCUCCUCCUCUUCUUCCUCUCCGCAGCUGCAGCCUGCAGCGCUGCAUCUAAAAAACUGCUUGCGCAGCCAGCAGACCUCUGGCCAGACCCGCACCGCCAUGCAGCUGGUGCACAGUCCUCCUGCAGGCAGUCUGGAGCGUCCCACUGCUGCUGUCCCCCCUCUGCGUCCCCACGGCUCCCCCACCCGCUCUCCUGGGCCCUCUUCUCGUCCUCUCUCCAUGGUGUCUCCCCAGCACUCUCACCAGCCCCCCUCCCUGUCCCCCGCUUCCAUCCGACCCGCCAUCCCCCUCAGUUCGGCCGCCUCCGCCAUCACCCCGCCCAACGUCAGCGCCGCCCACCUCAAUGGCGAGGCGUCGGCUGGCUUUCCGCAGGCCCCCCCCUCCCCUGCCCACCCGCAGGGCGCCACUGCCAGCCUGCCCAAACUAGAGGAGAAGAAAGCUGAAAAGAAAGAGAAGAAGAGUGGAGGCCUGCUGAAGCUUCUUUCUGGGGCAGCGGCGAAGAAGAAGUCUCGUUCGCCCCCCUCCGUGUCCCCCACACACGAGCCCCAGCCGCAGGCGGGGCCCGAGCCCCCGGUUCAGGGCGCCAUGGGGGCCCUGGGGCCCGAGCUGCACCCGGCUUCAGGCCACGGCCGCGCCGGGUCCUGCCCCAUCGAGAGCGAGAUGCAGGGGGCCAUGGGCAUGGAGCCCCUGCACAGGAAGUCCGGCUCCUUGGACCUCAACUUCUCCGUCUCGCCCCCCUCCCGCCAGCCCUGCUCCUCGCUGCUCGCCCUCCGCCCCGAGCCGAAGCCUCUGUCCCGGGAGAGGUACCGCGUGGUGGUUUCCUACCCACCUCAGAGCGAGGCGGAGAUCGAGCUGAAGGAAGGCGACAUCGUCUUCGUGCACAAGAAGCGAGAGGACGGCUGGUACAAGGGCACCCUGCAGCGCACAGGCCGAACCGGCCUCUUCCCGGGCAGCUUUGUGGAGAGUUUCUGAGGGCGAGGCCCUAGGGGGGGCCCUACAGGGAGCACAAGCAGCAACAGGACAGCCCCAGGAGGGGUCCUUUACCUAAACUGCCCCUCAGCUCCUCGCUUGAAACAUCAUGGAAAGGGCCAUUGGUGUGAGUGUAUCUGCUUUCACUGUCGGAAGAAAGCCCAGAUGCGGGUGCGCCCAGAGGCCAUGUAAUAGCACCUCUUGCCUUUCCUGACCUCCAAACAUCGUCAGAAUGACACAAUUGAGCACAAAGAUAAGAGGAAAAUCCCAAGAGUUCACUGCCGUUAUUAGGAGUGAUGUUGUUCUCUCCCUUGAAGUAAGAAAGCACAGGUAACUCUCCAGGCUUGGUUGUGGUCAAAUACACCCCUGGGAGGGAAGAAAAAAUACUCAAAUGUGUUUUGUUCCAAAAUACCUCCCAAGUAAAUGUAUAUUUAACUACAAUCAACAUGGUAGCAGUAUAGGUCACUUUGCAGGUGGCACAGAGGUAUAAACCAUAAAAGAAAAAGAAGCAGAGUAACCGUAUUACACAUGAAAUGCAUACAUGCGUAUACAUGCGUUUAUCCCUGACCAUUGGUGAGAGACACGCAGUCCAAUACGGAGAGACCAGGAAUACAUAACCACCGCCCCUCACCCACCCUCCUCUGAACUCCCCAGCCAUACAGUGGUCCACCGCCUGCAGAACCUUUGAACCUGGGGCCACCAACACAAGAACCAGCCUCCCACCAUGGCACAGGGGACCUAACCUCCGCUGUCACAUGGGACAGCUCAAAGCUUUUGCAAAUGUAGUGUUUUUCCCCAUCUGUAUUUUACUGUAAGUUAUUAUGAAACGGCUGCAGUAACCUGGAAAGAACCCCCCUGCUUGGGUCAGACAUUUUGGGUGUCAGCAAAAUACCUCUGAAAUAAAUGCAUCUGUAAACUACAAUCAAAAUGGUGUAGGCAUAGGUUGUGGGUUACUCACAGUAGACACAGCAGGUGAGCUGAUGAUCGCUUUGUUGGGAUCCACAUUCACACGGUGUGUACACAAACCUUGCCCACGAUUCCCUGCUCAGAUAGCUGCUCAUUACUGGCCUUGACACCUGGUCAGGAGAUCUAUGGUAACAGUAGUUACUCACGAAUACAGAGCCAAUUUCCACAAACAACAUUUUCUACAAGAGCAAAGGCAAGCCCGCACUGAUACACAAAUAAAUAAAUAAUGUAUAAAUAAACUUGGUAUAGUAUAUAAGCACUUCUCCAAUUUAGGAAGAAUGGCUUGUUGAGAUGACAGCCAAGGAGUUCCUAGCAGAGCACAUGGCGCUUCAGUGCUCAAAUCUUUAACAGCACAGUUUUUGUCUCAAGCACAACUUUUCAGCAAUUCCCAGCACAUCCCCCAUGUACAUCUGGCCAGCCUGGAUGUUCGCGGACACAGUUCCUUGUCCAGUGUCAGGAGUACAUUUUAAAGGCGUAAUCAGAAGUCGUUUUUAAAAUGAAAAAGAUGGAACAGUGUGGUAGUAAUAGUUGCUGAAGUUGGGAUAUAUAGUCAGUGAAGUUAUUAUGUACUGGCUGGGGGAAAAGUAGAAUUUUUAACUGCAUGGCAUGGGGUUUUAGUCUAUAUAAAUUUCUUUGUCCUGUAUGUGUCUUGUAGAUACAAUGAAAUGGUUGGAGUUCUUUUGUUGCUCUUUGACAAGCUUGAUGAAAAAGCUGGCAGGACUGUCAUAAGAGGAGCAGAAAUACUCCUGGAUGUCAUUUUCAUUCUGGUUCCUGCUCAGUCUGUGUGAGGAGGACAUUUUCUUCCUUGUGGUGCGUUGCAGGAAGGUGUGAGGUGAGUUUCCCUGCCAAGGCACAGAGUGUCUGACAGCGUGCUGGUACUAUUCCAGGCAGUCGGAUACCUCCCGCAGACUGAGAGACUAGGAGCUGUGACAGAGGAGCUGUGUGUGAAUAGCUAAUUUCCUGUGUAUGAAAUGAUGAGGCACGGUCCUUCAUUUCUUACGCCUGCCAUGUUGCCAAAAGUAAUGAAGUGGCUGUACUCCUGAUGGGAAACCACAUGCCUCCUUAUAGUCACAGGAUUUCACUCUCAUUUAACCUUGCCUUUGCCCGUUACAUCUUAUGAGUGGCACAAACCUGGUACAGUCAAUAUAGCUAUUUCAGAUUGAUUACGUUUUAGUCUAAAACACUUGUACGCACAUUUGUUGGUAAUCAUAAUAUGAAUAAAAUGGACUUGGUUGAGUUCUAUCAGCAGAAAGGCGUAGGAUAGGUGGAAAUGAGUAAAAUAAGGUAAAUUAGGGGAAGUGUCUAUCAAGAAGUGCUGUUUCUACCCAGAGAGUUGUUAAUGUAUGAAACAGCUUGCCAAGUCACAUUGUAGAAUCCCUUAGUUUGUUCAAGUCCAGGCUUGACUCAGUGCUAGAUGCUUUCUAAUAUGUAGGAAGAUAAGGGGAUUAGCUGGGGUGAAUAGCAUGCUCCUGUAAUUAUGUGUUCUUAUGCUUUUAUGUUCUAAUGACCAUGAUCACCACCUCUUAUGGAAAUAGAAACUGAGACUUCUACAUCUCAUCAUGGUGAUAGUUCACUAGGAAUGGUUUGGGCUCACAGAAAGAGUAAUUUGGAUCGAGAAAAUGGACUGGUAGUUACAAGUGAGGCAGUGGAUUGAGAUUGGAUAGUUCGCUCGCAGUCUGGCCUUGUUCGACUGAGUUAUGGACUCAUGGGAGUAUUUGACCUGUGGUCCAGUAGCUCCCAUGCCAGGAAUACAAUAACCAGAGACAUUAUGAUGGAUAAUCUUGUCCUGAGAUACAGGUCUUAUAGUGAAACUAUGUCCUGUUCUCCCAUAAUAAUAAUUUCUAUUUAGUCUUUUUGAGGGAGAGAGCUUCAGCCUUCAUUAAUGACAGGAAAUUGGGUGCAGGUGCUGAAAGGUAACAGAUUUAUGGGUCCCAACCCAUUUUUUUGCAUUACUGAUCCUUUCUGUCUGCGUCUAGAACUCUGUGGCUGUUCUGAGGUCAUGUCCGCUUCAGUUCCAAACCAGACUCCUUUGCAUAAAUAUUAAGCACACGAGAUGAAUCAGACCUUGACUUGUUGAAAACAGUUCUUUUGACUGAAGUAAUUUCUUGAAUUGUGUUACUUUUCUAUUCUCUGCCUAUGAUGAUUAGGACUGUUGGAUGUAAGGCACAAUCUAAAAUCUAAUGAUGCCAUUUUCCUCACACUUACCCAAGCAGGGGGGACAGAACACUGCAGCUGCCAGCCAUUUUGGUAUUACUGUUCUCCAGCAUUUAUGUGUGUCUGUGACCCAUUCAUACUGUUCCACACUUGUGUUGAGCUUGUGUGUGCCACAGAGAAGGGGUCGAAUCACCACAAAAGCACAUGCUUAAUUAUUGGUAGUACUUUUACGUUCUUGAAAACAAGUAUAUGAGUAUAUAAAUAUAUAUUGUUGCAGUGUAUUCUGGCAAGAGUUUAAGGCCAAGCCUGCACUUUGAGGAAUUGAUUUUCAAAUCUGGUAAUAUUGCAUUUGGCCUUGUGAUCAUUUACCUGCCAUUUUAUAUCAACAACCUGUGGUUUAUUUGUUUGUUUGUUUUUUUCAGUGAAGUGCAUUUUAGCAAUAAAUGCCUUUU